AUGAUCUGGUUACUGUUUUUGCUCCACUGUGCUGCGGCGUGUUGUCGUCUUCCACCCAGGUGGCUACAAUCUACCCUCAAGAUCCGGCCCUUCCAAUCGGCUCCAGCCUGACAGCCACAUGCUCAGUGAAUCCAGACCAUGGCGUUCACGCAGGCUCACUCUACUGGACGCUGAACGGAAAGCGUCUUCCCAGCAGCACCUACAGCAUUCUGAGCCCCACCGUGCUCAGUGUCACCCUCCCGCGUCUCUCAGGGUCCCGCCAACGCUCCGGAGACAACCUCGUGUGCCAUAACAGUGGGGGUCAUGUGCUGGCCGGCUCCUGCAUCUAUGUUGGCAUGCCUCCUGAGAAACCCAUGGAUCUUACCUGCUGGUCCAGGAACACCAAAGACCUUACCUGCAGAUGGGCCCCUGGGGGCCAGGGAGAAACAUUCAUCAAGACACGAUACACACUCAAAUAUAAGCUCAGGUGGUAUGGACGAGAGAAGGAGUGUGAGGACUACAGCGCUGGAGAGCCGUACACAUGCUACAUCCCCCGCGACCUCGCCCUCUUCACACCCUACGAGAUAUGGGUGGAGGCCUCCAACCAACUCGGAACCGCAACGUCUGACAUCAUCUACUUGGAUAUCUUAGAUGUGGUGACGACGGACCCACCGACUGAUGUGACUGUGAGCCGAGUGGGCGACCUGGAGGACCAGCUGACCGUGCGCUGGGGGACACCACCUGCACUAAAAGACUUCCUCUUUCAGGCCAAAUACCAGAUCAGAUACAGACUGGAGGAAAGCAGUGACUGGAAGGUGGUGGAUGAUGUUGGAAACCAGACUUCCUGCAGGCUGGCUGGGUUGCGGCCAGGCACAGUGUAUUUUGUGCAGGUGCGCUGUAAUCCGGUAGGGAUUCUGGGAUCUAGGAAAGCUGGCAUUUGGAGUGACUGGAGUCACCCAACUGCAGCCUCAACACCCCACAGUGAGCGGCUGCUGACAGGGUCAUGUGACUCGAAGGUGGGGCAGCAGAACUCCACGUUGCGGCGGGAUUUGAAGCAGUUCUUUGGCUGGGUGCGCAAACACGCCUACGGUUGCAGCGGUAUGAGUAUCAAACUUUAUGAUCAGUGGCGGGUCUGGCUGCAGAAAUCUCACAAAACACGCAACCAGGUUCUUCAAGGAGAUAAAUCAUAGCACGUCGCUCCUGGCAGGCAGGAACAUUGAACAACAACAGCACACUGUGGAAGAAUUCACAUUUUCCAGACUGCUGCUUGGCUCAGAUCCGAAAAGAUAAAGUACAGCUGGACUUAAAACGGGAAGUUCAAACAACAAAAGGUGUCGGGCAUUCGGUCCCUCGGUUGUGCAGUUCUAUAAAAUGCCUUAUUAUACAGGAAAACAAACUGUGUUUGAUAAUAGCCACGGAGAUCACAUGGACUAUAUCCUCGCAACUCGCUAUCCGUGGAGACAGGUUCUUGAUUGUAUCGGGGAGCAAUUAAUUAAAGGUCAUACUUUGCACAUUUACUGAUGACUAUGCAGAAGCCAUGCUUAGCCGACGUGACACAUGGUCUAAAUGUGGACCCGUGACCUUGCAAACUUUAGCCGACCUGUACGUUAAAGAGGUGCCUCAUGGACAAAUGGAAAAUGUCUGAAUGUUUUUUCAGCCAGAGUUUUGUGCAAAUUCAAGACAACUGGAAGAAUAUUAAGACCAUCCAGUUUUACCAAAGGUACCUUUGAUGAAUGUUUGAGUGACAAUGGUGACUACACUUAUAGCCGUUUACCUAAAAAUCUGACAGGUAUACCUCAGAGAACGUCUUGCCACUUUUUAGUUUUCUAGUUUUUUUUUUUUUAAAUAACUGGUACAUGCAAUGCAAUGCUGAACAUAUCAAUACAUAGAAAUAAGCCUCUAACUGAAAUAAGUCCCGCUGUCAUCGUAAAGGAGGACCUACAGACAUUCACUAUAUUCAGGAUCAACACUACAACAAAGUUAACAUAUUGGAACCAUAGAGUGGACUCAGAAAAUGGCCAUUUAAUGUUGUUUCUCAUGUUUAUAUAUGUGUGUGGCAGUUACAAAACUGUAACUGUAUUUGUAGCAUUGAACUGUUUGGAAAUAAUUUUAUAUAUUGAGACAUUUUACUGCUUUUAUUUUUGUACUGAAUUGUAUCCGCAUAUUUAAAUUUAAAGUUAUGUUUUGACUCUUAAGUUAUGUGUAGGUAGAUUAUAUUAUUAUUGACUGAAUUGUUAAACCCUAAUAUUGUUCAUAAAAUCCUUCUUUAAGA